AUGUCGGAAUUCGAAACAACAAACAAAUCGGCCGAGGCCAAGCCUAAGCUACCCAUCACCGUGUCGAAGCCUACCCCCUACACCUUCGACCUCGGCCAUCUCCUCGCAAACGACCCCAACCCCAUCGAAGUCUCUCGCUCGGAACCGCUGAACGCAUCCCUGAAGGCCACGGCCCGCGAUGGCGUCCAAUCGCUACUGAACCAACUCCUGACGACAUGCCCCAUUACCUCUUCCCAACAAGGCGUUCUCCUGACGCUGCCUUCCCCUGCGACCGUCCUGCCCCGCCACAAGCCACUGCCCACGCCCAAGCCCCCGACCAAGUGGGAGCUGUUCGCGCGCAAGAAGGGUAUUGGCAAGUACAGCGCCAAGCCUGGCGCUGCGCUCGCGGACAAGGAGCGACGCAAGAAGAUGGUCUACGACGAAGAGAAGGGCGACUGGGUCCCGCGCUGGGGUUACAAGGGUAACAACAAGUCGGACGAUGACUGGCUGGUCGAGGUGAACGAGAAGGACUGGAAGAAGGAAGAGGAUGCCGCCGCCCAGGGAAGCUCGAUCCGUGGCAUGUCUCGUGCGGAGCGCAAGGACAGAAUCCGCCGAAACGAGCGCAAGAUGCGGUCUAACGAGCGGAAGACGAGGAAACCCGGAAGCGGGUGA